UCUAAGUAUAAUUCUGACAACAAUGAAUCAGAUAAUGAAAAGGAUAAUUACCAACAUUUAAUAUUGGCUAGUAAGGAUUUACAAUUUGAUAAUAUUGAAAAUAAUUAUUUUACUUUAUCUCAAAUUAAAGAAUUUUAA